CAAAAGAGAAAGUAACUCUGUUGCAGCGGGAGAUCAAUGAAGCCCAGUGAAUGGGGGUUUAACGUGUAACUCCGUAGCCGCAGACGAGCGCCGGAUGCUGAAGGGAUCUACUUAUUUAUGAAACAGAUCUUGAGUUCUUCUUGACUUGCCAAUUCUCAGCCUCCUCAUGCCUCCAUCUCCUUUAGACGACAGGGUAGUAGUGGCACUUUCAAGGCCAGUAAGACCUCAGGAUCUCAACCUUUGUUUAGACUCUAGCUACCUUGAAUCUGCUUCUUCUGCCAGUGAGAGUCACACAAGUCUCCUUGGCACAGCUGUUGUGUCCCUAAAGGCUGCUAAUCUCACGUAUAUGCCCUCAUCCAACAGCUCGGCACGCUCUCUGAGUUGUGGAUGCAGCAGCGCCAGUUGCUGCACUGUGGCAACUUACGACAAGGACAAUCAGGCCCAAACUCAAGCAAGCACCAGCAGCACUACCAACGUAGGAACCUCUACCACCUGCCCUGCUAACCAAAUGGUCAACAACAAUGAGAACACGGGCGCAUUGAGUCCAUCGGGUGGAGUGGGGAGCCCGGCCUCAGGCACAACCAAGCAACUAGCUAGCAUAAAAGUAAUCUACCCUAAUGACCUGGCUAAAAAGAUGACCAAAUGCAACAAGAGCCACCAACAGAACCAAGGGCCUGUCAUCAUUGACUGCAGGCCAUUCAUGGAGUACAAUAAGAGUCACAUUCAAGGGGCUGUUCACAUUAACUGUUCUGACAAGAUCAGCAGGAGAAGGCUCCAGCAGGGCAAGAUCACGGUCUUGGACUUGAUCUCCUGCCGGGAAGGCAAGGACUCCUUCAAGAGGAUCUUUUCCAAAGAAAUUAUAGUUUAUGAUGAGAAUACCAAUGAGCCAAGCCGAGUAAUGCCUUCCCAGCCACUCCACAUAGUGCUGGAGUCACUCAAGCGAGAAGGCAAGGAACCUCUAGUUCUGAAAGGUGGACUCAGCAGUUUUAAACAGAACCACGAAAACCUCUGUGAUAACUCCCUCCAACUUCAGGAGUGCCCAGAAGGCGGAGGAGGUGCAUCUGCGGUGCCGGCCACACUACCUCAGUCCAUCCCCACCACUCCGGACAUAGAGAAUGCCGAGCUGACCCCCAUCUUGCCGUUCCUCUUCCUUGGAAAUGAGCAUGAUGCUCAGGACUUGGAGAAGAUGCAGAGGAUGAACGUAGGAUACAUAAUCAACGUGACCACCCACCUCCCCCUCUACCAUUAUGAGAAAGGCUUGUUCAACUACAAGCGGCUCCCUGCCACUGACAGCAACAAGCAGAAUCUGAGGCAGUACUUCGAAGAGGCUUUUGAAUUCAUUGAGGAAGCUCACCAGUGUGGAAAAGGCCUCCUUAUUCACUGUCAAGCCGGUGUGUCGCGCUCUGCCACCAUCGUCAUCGCUUACUUAAUGAAGCACACGCGGAUGACCAUGACAGAUGCCUAUAAAUUUGUCAAAGGCAAACGACCCAUCAUUUCUCCUAAUCUUAACUUUAUGGGGCAGUUACUGGAGUUUGAAGAAGAUCUAAAUAAAGGUGUUACCCCACGAAUUCUCACACCAAAGCUGAUUGGGGUGGAGACUGUUGUGUGACAGUGAAGCUAAGAGGUGCCAUAAAAUAAAGGGAUUAUCGUAUUCUUCACUUGAUAUGGGGGGGAGGGGAAGGGUUGUGCUUUUUUUUUUUUUUUUUCCUCUCAAACUUGGUGACAAAAAACCUUUUUUUGGUGAGGAAAGGUUUUUAAAACAAAUCCAAGAACUUCACUACGUUUGAAAUGCCACUGAGAUUCCCUUCCUAGAAACUGACAAAGCGGGGAGGCUUCCAAACAAAAUACAUAAUUUUUAAAAGCAACACAACAGGGGGAAAAAAACCUGUGCUUCUUUGUUUAUUUUAUUAUUAUUAUUUUUAGCCACUUGUAGAGUUUAUGGCUAAGUAGUCUGUGCAGGUUCAUAGACCGAAGAAAACGAUGUUUAAAACAACAUGCAAACAGCCAAAACAAAGCAGAAAAGAUUCUUUCUGAAGCAUAUGGGCCUUGAUUCUGCAAAGGCUUUGCUAAAGAUAAAGCAAAAUGCUCACUGGUGCAAAGGAAAUCCGAGCAGCUUAGAACUUUUCACACUCCUGAUAGAAAUGAAAGAAAAAAACAACAACAUUUAUUUGGUGUGUUUCAUGUUCUGGUUCUAUUUUUCUAUUUUUGGGUGUAAAGAGGUUUUAACAGCAAGGGACUUUGACCAUUCUAUGCCAUAUGCCUUCACUGGCUUCUUGUGCAAUAAUAAUAAUAAUUUGGGGGUUUAUUUUGAGUGUGCAAACUGAUUACAGCUGACUGCCCAAUAAUAAUAAUAAUACAAAAAUAAUUUUUAAAGUGUGACAGCAGCCAGCUUGAUUUAGAAGGAAUAAACAAAAGCAAUUAUAUUUUCCUUUUUAUUCGUUUCCUUUGAUUCUGGUUACAGUGCCAUAAACCUUGUUACAUAUGUAUAUCAGAAUGUAAAAAAUCAAGAACAAGCAAAGUUUAUUUAAGAUAUUUUUCACACAAAAUAUUGGUGUGUUUCUGUCUAUGUAAAAAAAAAUUUGAUUAUAAAAAUGAAAAAUUCUUUUGGAAAGCGUGUGUCUUUUAUUUCUUUAGUAAUUACAUAUUUAAUUUGCUUUAUAUGGGCUGGGCUUUUCUUUUUUUCUUUCUCAGCAUAGAACUGCAUUUGAUGAAACAGGUAUCCCUAUCCUUCCCUCUUUUAUUCCCUUCCCUCCCACACACACAC